AGAGCUCCAGAUCCCCGAUCUCACUGAGAUCCACCCUGCCCGCCGGCGGCCAUGGCCGUGCCGUCCGCCAUGCCCACCCCCCGCUCCCCGCGCCCGGACUCAGCCGCUGCCGCCGAUGUGUCCGCCGACGCCGCCCCGUCCCUUGACUUCGGCGACCCGGCCUCCCUCGCCGCCCUCCGCGGCCUCACCGACGCCGGCGCCGCCACCCGCCUGCUCCACGAGUGCGUCGCCUACCAGCGCGCCCUCGACGCCCGCCUCGACGCGCUCCUCGCCCGCCGCCCCGACCUCGACCGCGCCGCCGCGUCCCUGCUCCGCUCCGCCCCGCCGCUCCUCUCCCUCGCCGCCUCCGACGCCGCCGCGCUCAGGGAGUCCUCCUCCUCCACCGCCGCGCUCGCCGAGGCGCUCUCCUCCCGCGUCCGCCACCUCGACGCGGCGCACUCCCGCGCCGAGUCCGCCCUGGCCCGCGCUGAGGCGGCCCUCGACCGCUCCCGCGCGCUCGACGCCGCGCGCCGCGCCCUGGCGGCCGACGACCUCGCUGCCGCCGCCACCGCCGCGCACGAGUUCCUCGCCAUCGACGCGCGGUUCCCCACCGACGACGACCUCCGCCGCGACCUGCUCGACAUCAAGCGCCGCCUCGAGGGCCUCGCGCGGCGGAGGCUCUCCGCCGCGGUCGACGCCCAGGACCACCCCGCCGUGCUGCGGCUCGUGCGCCUCUUCCCCCUCCUCGACCUCGCGCCGGAGGGCCUCCAGGUCUACGUCGCCUACCUCAAGAAGGUCGUCGCCCUCCGCGCCCGCGCAGACUUCGAGCACCUCACGGACCUCAUCUCUGCAACCCAGCCUACCUCGGAGCGCCCUGAUUUCGUAGGCUGCCUCACCCGUCUCUUCAAGGAUAUUGUGCUCGCUGUUGAGGAGAAUGACGCUGUGCUUCGUGAGCUACGGGGUGAGGAUGGUGUCGCCUACGCCAUCAUCGAGCUGCAGGAGGAAUGCGACUCUAGGGGCACCCAGAUCCUGCGCCGUUAUGCCGAUUACCGCAAGCUUGCCCGUCUUUCAUCGGAUAUAAACUCCUAUACCAAGAACCUUCUCUCGGUCAUGGGUUCAGUGGCCAACGCUGCAGGUGGUAGCGAAGGACCUGACCCCAGGGAGGUUGAGAUUUAUCUUGAGGAGAUUCUGGCAUUGACACAACUUGGUGAAGACUAUACUGAGUUUAUGGUGAACAAGAUCCGUGGACUGAGGGAUGUCAAGCCUGAACUCGGUCCGCAAGCCAUGAAAGCCUUCCGUAAUGGUAGCUUUAAUAAAAUGGAGAAGGAUUUGACUGGGUAUUAUGUGAUCUUGGAGGAGUUCUUCAUGGUGGAAAACAUAAGGAAGGCCAUCCAGAUUGAUGAGCCAGUGCCUGAUGGUCUCACCACCUCAAUGGUCGACGAUGUGUUCUUUCUACUGCAGAGCUGCUGCCGCCGGGCAGCAUUCACUGCAAGCAUCAACUCGCUACUUGCUGUGCUUGGUGGGGCAACGAGCCUACUAAGCAAUGAGUUCCAGGAGGCACUACAGUGGAGAAUGAGGGAGCCAAACUUGGGUGCAAAGCUCUUCCUAGGUGGUGUUGGAGUUCAGAAGACUGGUGAGGAGAUUGCGACUGCGCUGAACAACAUGGAUGUGAGCUCAGAGUAUGUCCUGAAGCUCCGCCAUGAGGUUGAGGAGCUCUGUGCAGAGAUUUUUCAUGCUCCUGCUGACCGGGAGAAGAUCAAGUCGUGUUUAUCGGAGCUAGGUGAAAUCAAUGCUUCCUACAAGAAGAUCCUUUAUUCUGGGCUGGAGCAUUUGGUGGCAUCUAUCGCGCCCCGCAUUCGUCCUGUACUUGACACGGUUACCACUGUAAGCUACGAGCUGGAUGAUGCCGAAUACGGGGAAAACGAGGUGAAUGACCCAUGGGUGCAGAAGCUUCUCCUUGCAGUCGACACGAACGUCACAUGGCUCCAGCCAAUGAUGACAUCGAACAACUAUGAUUCUUUUGUGCACCUGGUCAUCGACUUCAUUGUCAAGAGGCUCGAGGUUAUUAUGAUGCAGAAGAGGUUCAGUCAGCUCGGUGGCUUGCAGCUCGACAAGGAGGUUCGCUCCCUGAUCAACCAUUUCUCGGAGAUGUCACAAAGACCAGUCCGAGACAAGUUCUCGAGGCUUUCCCAGAUGUCAACCAUCCUGAACUUUGAGCGUGUAUCUGAGAUACUGGAUUUCUGGGGUGACAAUGCUGGGCAUCUGACGUGGCUGUUGACACCUGCGGAGGUGAGGAGGGUCUUAGGGCUCAGGAUCGACUUCAGGCCCGAAGCAAUUUCUGCUUUGAGACUCUAACUUGUGCAUUUAAAAUACACACUGUAGUUCUUUUGUAUGUGAUAUAUGAUGAAAUGUUUUCCUGGUUUUUGUCACUUGCUAUCAUGGAUAGUCCCACUUCUUUAAUCCUAAUUGAAAUGGUGAAUUUGUUGAUUUGUGAUGUGCCGUGUGUGUGUGUAUGAACUUGCAGAUGUAUGGCAAACGUAUGUGUGUGUAAUGUGGGUUGUAACUUGUGACAUACUACUUUGGGAAAUCUUUGUUUGUAAAAUGUUUCAAUUUA